CGUAGCUAUCAUAGGGCCAGGUGGUGCAGUGCACCAGGGCCCUCGAGCUCAGGGGGCCCUCUAGCCUGAGCUUUGGAAAAAAAUGAAAAAUUUAAAAAAUUCAAAAAAAAAAUCUUGUGAGCAGGCUCGAGGCUCGAGCCUCGAGACAAGGGACCUUUAAAACCUCCGGGACCUUUUCCGAAGGACCCCCACCAAGACAACAGGAGCUUUUCAGAAACGUAUUACGUUUCUACGUCACAAUACGGUCCAGUUGAUCGUUUUUGGAUAUGCUACUCCAAAAUGCUGGAUGCUGCCUACUGCCAACCGUGUUGGUAGUUCGCUUCGCAAAGAAAUGCAUGGUGCACAGGCAUUCGGGACUGGAGGCAUUUAUCAGACAGAGUUAAGCAACAUGGUUCCUCGAAAGCACACACAGAGGCGUGCGCUGUAUAUGAAGCGUGGCAAAAAGGUUCCACCAUCGACAGAGAACUUGAAGAUGAAAUUCGAAAAGAAGCAUCAUUUUGGAGACAAGUUCUUCGCAGAUUAUUUGAUAUAAUAAUUACCCUUGCGAAGAGUUCUUUGGCUUUGAGAGGACAUCGAGAGGAUCUGAGUGAGGGAGGAAAUCACGGAAAUUUUCUCUCAAUUGUCCAACUCGUUGCUAGAUACGACCACAUCUUGCGUCAAGUUUUGGAUAUGCCCAAAGGAUCAACAAGAUAUCUGAGUGCAACGAUUCAAAAUGAAAUGAUCGAGUGUUUAGGCACCAAACUGGAGAAUCAUUUAUUGGAUCGAAUCAGGGCAUCACCGUUUUUCACCAUCAUCAUGGAUACCACGCAGGAUGUAUCAAAAGUGGAUCAACUGAGCAUCGUCGUAAGAUAUGCAGUGGUAUCAAGAUCGGAAAAUGGACAACCAAUCGAUAUUGAAGUAAAAGAGGUAUUUCUCGGUUUCCACGCAGUGUGUCAGUAAACACAGCGCCGCGGAUUUGGUAAAUCAAGUUACCACGUUGUUCUCCGAAAAGGGUCUUGAUUUUAAAAAGUGUGUUGGGCAAGGGUACGAUGGGGCCAGUUUAAUGAGUGGUGCGUAUAAUGGCGUGCAAAAACGAGUUAAAGAUAUUCAGCCAAAUGCAGAGUACGUACAUUGCGCCAGUCAUAAUUUGAAUUUGGUCAUAAAUGAUGCCGUUCGAGGUUCUGUCGAAAUUCAGAAGUUUUUUGCAACAAUUCCAGACCUAUUUAACUUCUUUGGAAACAGCAUCAAGCGCUGGGACCUUUUAUCGAAAUUCACCGGUGAAUCAGAAAUUACUUUGAAAAAAUUGAAUCCAACAAGAUGGUCCAGCAGGGUUGAUUCAAUAACUGCAGUCAAACUUCGUUUUUUCGAUAUCGUUAAAGCAUUGUCCGAAAUAACGCUGAAGAGUUCCAGUAAAGACGAACGCAGUGAAGCAGAGAUUAUCAAAUCAAAAAUGCUGAAUUUUGAGUUUGUCUUUCUUUGUGAAUUCAUGCGCAGCGUAUUGAACAACAUCAAUUACGUUUCAAAAGUCUUGCAAAAACGUGACAUCGUUUUGGACGAAGCGACUAAGGCUUUGGACGGAACAACGGAUAAGUUAAAAAAGUAUCGAAAUGACUUCGAAUCCUUCAAAUCCAAGGCCACCGAAACCGCGAAAAAAUACAACAUCGAUCCUACCUUCCCAGAAAAGCGACGAAGAAAAACUAAAAAGCAUUUCGAUGAAUUGGCUUCUGAUCACCGAUUCGAAAACCGGGAAGAAUGGUUUAGAGUAACUAUUUUCAACGAUGUACUCGACAUAGUAAUCGGUCAGUUAGAUGCGCGUUUCAGUGGUAUGAGUGCAAUUUGUAAAUCGUUCGACUUCCUCAUUCCGAAAAAUUUGCUCAGUUGGAAUGAAACGGUUUUAGUAAAAAAAUGUGAUCAGUUUCACAAGAAAUAUUGCGAUAUAAUUGGACCCACGUUUUCGAUGCAAUUUCUUAAUGUGUAUCAUCUGAUCCUCCCUCAAUUGACGGAGACGUGGUCUAUUCGCCAGCUUUGCAAGGAAAUCAUAACGAAAUUUGGCGUGCUCGAAUGUGACCUUACGGAAGUGUAUACAGCGAUGCUACUGUUUCACACAAUUCCUGUUACGUCCGCGGCAGCAGAAAGAUCUUUCAGUAAACUGAAGAUCAUAAAAAACUAUUUAAGAAACAGCAUUCGACAAGAUCGCCUCCGACAUUUAUCGUUGAUUGCAAUAGAAAACGAGGCGGCAUCAAACUUGGAUUUGAGUGAAAUCAUAGAUGAAUUCGCAAAAAUUAAAGCGCGCAAGAGAUUGUGAAUUGGACGGGGAAUUCUUUUAAAAAUCAUUUUUUCUCUUGAUUAAUAAAAAUUCUAUAUUGUUAUGUGCGUCGUUGUUUAUUUAGUCCCUUUGUCUUCCACUGAACAGAUGAAGAUUUUGAUAGAGACGACGUAUGGAUUUAGCCUACAAGGGAUGAUUCAACCCACUGUUUCCUAUUCUUAUUCCCUAUCAAUCAUUUUCACAUAAAUAUAUAAGUUCAAACUACGCGGAGAGAGGGGAGGAGGGCCCAAUUCUCUCCCUCUGCACCAGGGCCUUUGUCCCCCU